AGUGUCAACCAAAAAUGGCCGUGAAGAUCUUCUCGACCACUUCAGUAUUGAUUCUCUCUAUUGCUCUGCUCAGCUUCGGCCAUUGUUGUUAUGGCCAGCUUCGAGUUGGAUUCUACAACAAAGAUUGCCGAAACGUAGAAAACAUCGUCUUUAGAGUUGUUCGAGAGGCAUUCAUCAAGGAUUCAUCCCUUGCACCCGCAAUGAUCCGCCUUUAUUUUCACGAUUGUUUUAGCAAUGGAUGUGAUGCAUCGCUUCUUCUAGAUGGUACGAGCAGUGAGAAAAAGGCGUCACCAAAUCUUAGCGUACGAGGAUACGAACUGAUUGAUGACAUUAAAACUGCAGUCGACCUAGAAUGUCAUGAGAUCGUUUCUUGUGCUGAUAUCAUUGCUAUCGCGACUAGAGAUCUUGUUAAUCUUGCAAGUGGAGGAAAAACAUGGUAUGCGAUACCAACAGGACGAUUUGACGGUGUGGUCUCUUUGGCUUCGACUGUAGAUUUGCCAUCUCCUCGUAUGACCGUCUCUCAAACCGCUCAGAAAUUUGCUGACAGGAAACUUAGCCUUACCGAUAUGGUUCUACUUCUUGGUGGACAUACGAUUGGAGUGGCACAUUGUUCGUUCAUUAUGGAUCGAUUAUACAAUUUUCAGAAUACUAAACAACCUGAUCCAUCCAUGGACUCUAAAUUGGUCCAAGACCUAAGAGCCAAAUGUCCUCAGGGUUCGUCAAGUGAUGGCAUCAUUAAUCUAGAUCAAAACCUAACGAGUUCGAAUACUAUGGAUGUAUCUUUCUACAAAGAGAUAAAUUCUCGCCGAGGAAUCCUCCACAUCGAUCAACAACUUGCCAUCGACGGAAUGACGAGUAAGCUAGUGUCGGAUAUAGCCAACGGUAACGAUUUCUUGUCAAGGUUUGGUCAGGCAAUGGUGAAUUUGGGAUUCGUGGGAGUUAAAAAUAAGGGUAACGGGGAGAUAAGAAAAUCUUGUCGUUCUUGCAAUAGUCCAUUUUUUUGCGCAACUAGUUAAAACUUAAAAAACUAGUUGCCGGCCGUGUGUGUUUCUUCUUUUUAUUAUCAUGUGUUUUUUAACAAGUUUUGUAAUCCAUCUUUGUAAUUUUAAUUUGAGUGAUCUUGUUUACUUACUUUUUUAUGUUGUUGACCUCCUAG